AUGCUCGGUGGGUGGGCAUCUGCCCAGAGACUUCGAUCCCCAACUCUGCCUAGCAACACUCCUGCGCUCUAUCGUGGUCUCGAAAAAGCGUUGGACGAGAAGCGAGCACACCACGGGCUGGUCAAUCUUCGCCGCCCUGUACCAGGCGCCGCCGACUUCUCAUCCAAUGAUGCGCUGUCUCUCGCGUCUACCGGUCAGAUUCGAAAGGCAUUUUUCGAAGAACUCUCACGAUACCCGGACUUCUCACUUGGAAGUACUGGCUCACGGCUACUCGAUGGCAACAAUACCUACGUUGAAGACAUCGAACAAGAAGUGGCCGACUUCCAUCGUGCCGAGACAGGCCUUAUUACCAACUCGGGGUAUGAAGCCAAUGGUGCCAUCUUCACGGCCAUCCCCCAGCCAGGCGAUGUCAUUCUCUACGAUGAACUUAUUCAUGCAAGCGUCCACGAUGGCAUGAAGCACACAAAGGCGUCCAGCAAGCUUCCUUUCCUGCACAACGAUGUAGAUUCCUUCGCGAGCACUCUGCGCUCAGUCCGAGACGCGCAUCCUCGCAUCCGAGCGGGCGAGAGCACGAUCUUCGUCGCCGUUGAGACGGUGUACAGCAUGGAUGGGGACGUUUGUCCUCUCGCAGAGAUGGUCGCCACCGCGAAACAAAUCUUCCCUUUUACGCAGACGGUCCAAUUCAUCGUUGACGAGGCACACAGCACUGGUGUCAUUGGUCGCCGUGGCUCUGGCUUAGUCUGUCUGCUCGGACUGGAAAAGGAGAUUGCGAUACGUGUGCAUACGUUUGGAAAAGCGUUAGGAUCCCACGGAGCUAUCGUCUUGGCGAACGACACGAUUCGGAAUACGCUCAUAAACUUCGCUCGUGGCGUGAUCUAUACCACGGCUCCGUCUUUUCCUAUGCUGGCCGCCAUUCGAGCCGGUUAUGGUCUGCUCAACAGUGGGGAGACCCAGCAGGCGCAAGACAAGAUACAAAAAUUGAUCAAGCACUUCUUCGCCACCAUGGCGAACAGCAUGACCUUUGCGCGCGCCGAGUUUCUGGGAAUGUGCUCCAUUCCCGUAAUGGAAAACUGGGAGACGAAACCUUUCCUCUCUCACAUCGUUCCAAUCUGGACCAAGGAGAAAUACAACUACUACCUCAUGUUCCACAUUCAACUAGCCGGCUACUGCGCAUGGGCCAUCGAUAGUCCCGUGGUGCCCGAAGGCACGGGAAGAGUGCGAUUUGUCUUCCAUGCCAACAACACCCUGGCUGAGGUUGAUGGCUUGGCUCAAACGAUCCUCGAGUUUUUCAGCGAGAUGAUUGAGUUGAAAAGUAGCAAAUCUACUCCGAGAGCGGCGCAGAAGGUUUAUCGCUACUUGUCUGAGCGUAAUCUGGGCGACGGCCCUACUGUCAAUAUUCAGUACUCCAAGCCUGAGUUGGUGUACGCUGAGACUGGGGCGGUGGCUGCGGCUAUGUAG